GAAUUUGCAUAUUGGCUUUUUCACCUUGGUUUUUACGUCAUAACUCUCGAACGCAGUACUUUUAUACAAAACUCUCCAAAUUUAAAAUCAAGCCAGUGUAGCUAGCACUCAAGCUUUUGGUAUCGCUCUUUUGUUGUCUCGUUGUGCGUGGCAGAAAGAAACAUGAUGAUAACACACACGCACGAACCAAUACCGUAACCCUCGCUGCACAUUCGCGCCGAGGGUGAGAUGUGAACUAGUUGGUGCUCCCACAUUACAUAGGAGAAACCAGGAUAUUUAGGACAUGGGACAUGGACUGGGGCUUCAUAUAUCGUUGUAUAUAGGACUAAAACCCUGCUUAAAAACUGACCAAAGAACGAGCGAAAGUCUGUGGUGGCAAUCUAGACUCCUAAGGCAGUGGUGUGGGACUCUCGAGUGUGGAAGUGUGUGAUGUCAGUUCGUGAGUCCAAGGACUUCAUUUCAGACAUGGCGUGUAAUGAUGACUCCACCACCCUGCUAGCUACCAGUGGUGAUGGGACACUCUCGGCCUUUGACCUCCGUCAGAAGAAACUGGAGCAGAGGUCAGACCAAUCAGAGAGUGAGCUCCUGUCACUGGCCAUCGUUAAGGUGAGGCCAUCAACCCUGUCCUCUUUGCCUGGUUCACAAUAGCUCGCAACAUAAUGUAAUACACAAAAUGUUGCAAACACAAUGCUAUAGUUGUAUGUUCACAAAACAAUUUCAAAUCGCAUCGCGUCGGUAGGUUUCUGUAAUAUAUUAUUGUAAAUAGGCGAGUUUUAACCUGGUGAACUAUGUGAGGUUAGACCAACUCCGGCCCAUCAAACAGCAUUAUAUAU